AGAGGCAGGAAGGGAUCUCCCCAAAGACACGCUCACGCUUUGGCGCGUCCCUGCCCGGCGUUGUUCCUCUGUGGUUAAAGGUCUCCAGCCGCGCACGGAAGGAACGGGCUGACGUGGGCUCUCUCAUGCCUCGCCUCGCUCCUCUCCCCUCCUAGAGCCUUCUCCUGAAGGAUGGCGGCCGCCUCUUUCCGCUACGGCCUGACCAUCACGGGGGCCGUGCUGCUGGUGACGGGGACGCUGUGCUUCGCCUGGUGGAGCGAUGGCGAGGUCGGCUCCGGCAGCGGGGCUCGCCUCCUGCCCCCCCGGGAAGCCGAGGCCGUGCCCAGCUCCUCCUCCUCCUCCAGCGCCCUGCUCCGCUCCGUCAGCUUCUUCUGCUGCGGCAUCGGCGGCAUCCUGCUCAUCUUCGGCCUCCUGUGGUCCGUGAAGGCCAACGCCAGGGUGGUGUCCCGGCGCUACCAGUACCGUUUCCCCCGGGACCUGCAGUACUUCACGGCCGAGCCUCCGGAGAAGUGGAACUGCAGCACCUGGGACUCCAGUGCCAUCCCCACCUACGAAGAAGCCCUGACCUGCAGACCUGCCCACGGCGCCCCGGCCUACGUGCAGCCGCCGGGGAGGAAGGAGGAGCUCACGCCGCCCCUGUACCGCUACCUGGAGGAGGACGAGGGCUGGCAGGGCGGCCGGAGGCGCAGCUCCUCCGACAGCGCCUUGUUCCGCCCCAGCCCGUCCUGGCUGGACGCUCCGGAGCCCCAGGAGCCGCAGGCAACGCCUCCCCCCAGCUACGAGAACAUCAGCGUCCGGGGCGUCUGAGCUGCGGCAGCCCGGGCCGGGACUCUGCGGGUGCCUGCCCGGUGCCUCGGCUUUAAACGGAGCCUCUUGGUCGUGGGGCUGAGAGCGGGGUGGGCGAGGAGAGGGGAGGCUCAGCCUGGCUUUCCUGGCUGCCCCCGAGCCGCGGCUCCGGCGCUCUUGGGGUUGCGGGUCCUGCGGGAGAUGCGUUCGGAGCGUCGGGGGUAGCUGGCAUGUUGGAAAGCUUUCGUGUUUUUAAUAAAACCGCUGCUGGUUUCAGUGGCUUUGCGUUCCCUGCUCUGGCCCAGCCUGGGGAGCUCCUGUCGGGCCGGGGAAUGCCCGUUCAACCCUAAAUCUGCAGCGACGACCGAGUGAUGCGGCCAGAGAAAGCCCAGCUCCGUCUGCGCCAUUCGCUUCUCUGCCUUUGCAAUGCCCCUUCCAGCCCUGCCUCCAUCCCUUCCCCCUUGCUUCAUUUGGUGUUAGAGAUGCUCAGCGGGUCGUGCCUGUGGUCAGAGCAUCCAAGGGCAUUUCCUGCAGCCUCCUGGAAAAGCCGUCCCGAGUGGCACAGCCCCCUCCCUCGCUGCCCUCCGCGGAUGGGCGUGCAGCCUUGCCCGGGGGAAAGGCCAGCUGUGGCGAGGGCUGCUGCCAGUUCCUGCCUCCCACCGAAAUAAAGGGCUGCCCUGGACCCCCUGCGGCCCUGCAGGGCUGCAGAGUGGCUGAGGAGCCGCAGCCACGUCUAACAUACUGUUUAUAAUGUAAUUAUUUGUCAUAAACCAGGUGUAUCAAGGGAAUAAAAAGAGGGAAUAAA